UCCAAAUGGUGCGCACCCUGCACUGUAGCGGCAGCAUCUAGCCAUCAUGAGCUAAUUCGUUUAGUUUCUUUACAGUCAGCUGUAGUUCUCGCUGUUACAGCCGCUUCAUGUGCCAUGUCCGACAAACACCAGUGUUCAUGUUGCUCCCAUGCCGUCUCCUCCCCUAGUGUUCAUCAGACUCUGGAUGAAAUGGAUUUUGAAAGAGGUAUGUGGUCAGCUGCGUUGGAUGGAGACCUGCAGAGAGUAAAGCUCCUUGUUCAGAAGGGGACUGACCCAAACAUGAAAGAUUCAGCCGGGUACACGGCUCUGCACUAUGGUUGCCGUAGUGGUCAUCUCACUGUGGCCACGUUUCUCCUCGAAAACGGUGCGUGUCCAUCACCUCAGACACCAGGCGGGGCCACCCCACUUCAUCGAGCAGCUUACUGCGGUCAUCUGGAUGUGGUUAGGCUACUUCUGCAGCACGGUGCAGAUCCUAUGCUCUGUGAUGAUGAUGGUGCAAAUCCUUUACAUAAGGCUGCAGAACAGGACCAUGCAGAAGUGUGCCAGCUGCUAAAAGACUGCUGUCCAGCAGUCUGCAGCCAGGCAAACAAGAAGCUACAGUUACCCCACCAGCUGGCACAGCAGGGAGAUCUGCAGGAGCUCCUUAAAGCACCCUGGUCAUGAUGGAUUGAGAUGCUGAGAUCAUAAAAAUGUACCAAGAUGAAAACUUUACAUGGUGAGGACUGCUUGAGUCUGGAAGUUCUGACAGAACCAUAGUGAACAUGGCACAACUUUUAAACCUCAAACUACAAGCACUGUUUGGUUUUUUUUAUUUUUUUUAUUUUACUUCUCAAGCUGUAAAAAUUAAUAACAUUUCAGAACUAGUAAUUUUUCUGCAUUAGCUUGGUUCCGCUUCUACUGCAAGCAACAACAAAAAAAAAAGAAGCUUUCUGGAACAUUAAAGAUUUGUGUCAAAAACUACGGUAAACCCAGACAAUUACACAAACAAAAGUGGAUCAACAUUGAUAAAUCCAGUUGGGCUGUCCUCCUGGUUCUCGUCCUGUGUCUCGCUGAGUUCAUCACUCUCCGAUUCUCUUCUGAGUCAACAUCAGCUAACAAACAGAUGGUGUGACCACAGGAGGAAGGAAAACAAGUUGCCUCAUAAUAGAUAAAAGUACCUACCUGUGGAUGAUAAAAGUCCUUCUUGUACUAUCAAGAUGAUUCUGGACAACAAGCGUGAAUGAAUGUAUAGAGAUCUUUGAUGUUCAUAUCUUAUGUGUUGUCAAUAAAGAAAUAUCUUCUUUGCA